AUGAGCUCAAUUGGCGAUAACUACACCAUACACAAAGUGUCAUUGAAGCGAACCCGGCAAGCUUGUGGUCCUUGUCGCCGGAAAAAGGCACGCUGUCCAGGCGAGAAGCCAUCAUGCUCGCUGUGCCACAGGCUAGGGCAACGCUGCUCAUACGGACCGCAGCCAUCUCGUGAGAAGAACCACUCAGUGUCGGCUCCGGUUCAGAGCCAUGAACCACCGCACAGCACCAAUGAGGUACUUAUGCUUUAUACCCUAGCCCAUUGGAUGUGGGGUGAAGUUUCGGACUAUGCUAAAUUUAUCAGGUCCAAGGGGAUGUCCCGACCUCUGGGAGGCUCCAGCGCAUUGAAGAGAGACUAG